AUGAUUAGUUCGGGUAAAGCCGUUCGCAAAGAAGACCUGCGAUCAGUUGUGAGCGAUGAUUGCGAUUCAGUCAUUGCGGACAACGUGUCGGUCACUUCGUAUACAUCUUCGGCCAAAUGGGAGGCCGGAAGUGACGACAUGAACGGCGCGACCGACGACUGCAAUAACGAAGACAAUGGCGUCUAUAUCGACGACUUCGAGGAGAAGUUGAUUGAAGCGAUCGAUCAGACGAGUGGAAAGUCAGCCAAAACACGACAAUUGGCUUUGGAUUCCGUUCGCAAGGCUUUGAUCACUAGAUUUUGUUUUGAUUUUCUUAUGGAUAGAAAGGUGACGAUUGGAGAUGUAUUGGAGCACUCAGUCAAACGAAAGGGCGAAGAGUUGGGUUCGGCGGCUCUCUUGUCGGGCGUUGUGUUCAUAAGUCUGGGCGCGAGCGACGACUCGGACGCUAUAUUUGCCGAAAUUGAGUCCCAUUUGGUGGCCUCACUCAUCGACCCAUCAGUUCCCGCGUCUGUACGAUCCAAAUGCGCGGCCGCUUUGGGUUUGGGAUACUUCAUAACCAACAAUGGCGUCGAUUUGAUGGACUCGAUAAUGGAGUUGUUUCAGUCGAUAUUCUCGGCGUCGUUCUUGAAAGGCAACGGCGCGAUACCGACCCACACGCCGGACAUGACAUCACUGCACGCGAGCGCACUCUACGCGUGGACACUACUGCUCACUCUCUACACGCCGUCAGCGGCGCUCCAUUUGGCCGAAAAGUUGUCGAAGAAGUUGACGGAACUGUUGGACUCGCCGGACGUUGAGCUGCGUAUAGCCGCCGGUGAGUGCAUCGCUGUGUUGAGUGAGAUAUCGCGCGAACGCGACGACGACUUCGAGUUCGAGGAGAUGGACGCGCUCUGCGAUAAGUUGCGAUCGUUGGCCACCGAUAGCCAGAAGUUCCGCGCGAAGAAAGACCGACGACAACAGAGGAGUAGCUUUAGAGACAUCUUAAAGGCUGUGGAAGAGCGCGAACCGCCAAACAUCACCGUUAAGUUCGGUCGCGAAAGGCUUGUCAUCGACUCGUGGUGUCGGAAGAGACAGUACGACGCCUUCUGCUAUGUCCUCAAAUCGGGAAUGAAUUUGCACUUAGCGGAAAACGAUUUACUGCGAGAAAUCUUUGAGUUGGGAACUCCUCUCUCAUCACUUGAUUACACGAAUUCAAAGUUAACUAAAUUUGAAAGAAAUAUGUCAAACAUCGCCAGUUGUAAAGCCCGGACCAAAACCAGAGGCAAACUAAGGGACAAACGCGCAGAUAUUAUGGCUUAAUUGUAGUCUUUAUUUAAAUACUUUUAAAUUAAAUAGUUUUUAACUAAUUGACUAAAUUUUGUACAUAAUUUUAAUUAAUAUUAUAUUAAUCUAAUUAGGAAUAAAUAUUUAUUUCCUAUAAAAUUGCUUUAUUUCUGUAUUUUAAAUCCCU